AAGGUCCAAACCGGAAGUCGUUGGCUCCACUCAUGCUAGCUGUAGCUGCCCCUGCCUCUCGGGGGUCUGAACGGAGCCGAUGUUGCUGGUCUAGCGGGAUUGACGUGACUCGAGCGGUUCGGAAAAGAGCCCGAACUCCUUCCCGAAAGGAAGUUGUGCUGACGCCGCACCCGUCGCCAUGGUGACCAAAAAAGUCCGAACGGAGUACAUGAAGAAGUUCCGGGAGCCCAAGUGGGAGACCUUCUCCAAAUGCUACGAAGACUCGCUCAAGUACCGCCUGACCCGGCGGGUCAUGGAGCACUCGCAUAAGCCCUGGUUCUGGGAGGGCUGGGAGGGCGGCUCAGUGCUGUCCAGCGGCCGGUCCACGCCCCGGCCCGGACGCAACCGGGUGGCGCCGCUGCUCCACGAGACGAACGGGCUGAGGUCCGGUCCCGAUGCCGAGCCACCGUCGGGCCGCGGCGAGGAGGUGGCGGUGGUGGCAACGGAGGUGGCAGAGGUCGAUGCCGCAGCACCAGAAGGUGACAUAACUGGUGGCACAGGUGCCACAGAACGUGCACAGACAACAAACGUCGCCUCUCCUCCUCCAAACAUCAGCGGCGCCUCCGACGAGCUGGACACCGACGACGGUCCGCUGGACUCGCCGGACUCGAACGGGGAUGCCGCCGAGCCGGCGCCCAUACAGAAGCGCCGCCGCCGCCGCACGCCUCGCUCGAAGCAGGGGCUUCAGGACGGUUGCCACGGCAGCGACCGCAAACCUCAGCGGGCCAAGAGCCAGCCGCCACAAGGGGGCGCCAGGGACAACCCGUGGACCCGGUGCAACGACCCGCACGCCAGGAAAGCCACAACGCCCGGCGAUAGCGAGCGUUGUGACGCGUGCGUCCAGACGACGACGCGUCCUCCCGACAAGCGCUCGGCCACCUCGGAUCGUCGACGCGCUCGCUCGGCAGACGUGGAGAAGCUGAGACACUCGCAGCGGCACCACGUGACCACGGUGGCGGACGAGCGCUGGGUGACGGAGUAUAUGCGCUGCUUCUCCGCACGCCUCAGGUAGAGCGGGCCACGCCUCUAAAAAAUUUUUUUUUAAAAUACAUUGGAGGUGACAUGUUUGGAUGGAACAGCCUGAACAGGAACUUGUCGUCAUUUUGAAAAAGUCUAAAGCACAUUUGUACUCCAAGUCGUCAACAUUCCACAAUAGGCAGCCCCUUUUCUAUCCAAAUCAUACAACACCCCCGCAUUUUUGAAAUGUGUUUUUUAAAAUUAGAAAACAGUAUACUAGCAGUUAUUCUCAGGACAGCUAGUAAAAAAUGACAUUGGUCGUAUUUGUAUUCUGAUUUUUGUGAUGGAGCACAGAGGCGCACCAAGUUCCCACAUGGAACAUAUUGGAUAAGCGACAGGAAAUGUUACUCACUUGUGCUCUAUUCACUAGUUUACUCCGUAAACAAAUACAGUGCAGCUCAGCCUCUGGGUAGUGGGUGUCAUGGCUAGCAAUAUGCUUUUGGCAGUAAGUCAAACUCAUUUGAAAUGGCAUUUAGGAAUAUAACAUACUAUACGUGUCUUUUCAAAGGCUAUUUUUCAACAAAAAAAUAAUGCUUUGGGUUGCUACACCGUUAAGGCAGUUAAAAGGUCAGUCCUUUAAAGGUUCAUAACCAUGGGGAUAUUGAUGCUCGUUUUUGUUAGCCUAGCAAUGGUCUUUCUCAUUAUGUGUUAGCAUUAACCUAGUCGUCUUUUGUAAGACAAAGUUAUGUGGUUUGGUUAAACACACAAGACGUAGUUUUGCAGUGAACUUCAACUGGGAGCGGCGAUAAACAGCUGGAAACAAGCAGUUGCCCUCUUAUGAAGAAUUGUUCAGAAUCUGCCAAGCUGCUCGCUCAGGCUUCGGAAAAAGUUCACUUGUAAACGACACUAAGCAAAAAAAAAAAAUGAGGGUUCGUAAUUUGAAGUCAUAUGUCAAGGUUAGAGCGUCUGCCUCACAGUUCUGAGGACCGGGGUUCAAUCCCCGGCCCCGGCUGUGUGGAGUUUGCAUGUUCUCCCCGUGCCUGCGUGGGUUUUCUCCGGGCACUCCGGUUUCCUCCCACAUCCCAAAAACAUGCAUGGCAGGUUAAUUGACGACUCUAAAUUGCCCGUAGGUGUGAAUGUGAGUGCGAUUGGUUGUUUGUUUGUAUGUGCCCUGCGAUUGGCUGGCAACCAGUUCAGGGCGUACCCCGCCUCCUGCCCGAUGACAGCUGGGAUAGGCCGCAGCACGCCCGCGACCCGAGUGAGGGGAAGCGGCUCAGAAAAUGGAUGGAUGGAUGGACGUCAAGGUGCCACUGUAUUACAACGUAUUUUCUAAAUAAAUUGUGCACAUUUUAAUUCUUCAAGCUGAGCUUCAAAUUCAUUAAUGAUUAAUAAAUAUAAUCAAUUCAUUAUAGGUUGCCCCCCCCCCCCCCCCCAGGUAUUUACAAAUCUUGGAUUAUUAUUACUAUUCACUGAAAAACUCACCUAUUUGCUGAUUUAGCACUCAACCCAAAUGUCUAAUAUUGGCGCCAUCUUGUGGCAUAUAUGAGCAAUUACAAGAAAUAUUUUAGCGAGGGGGGGGCAUCAAUUAUGCACUGAUUUUCACCCCUGCAAAUAGUGGAGGAACACCUAUACAUGAAAAGUAGGAUUCACGUCUACAUAGUUGAUUUAUUACUCAUUUAUUGUAUUAUUGCACGGUAACCGACUGGUUAGCACAUCUGCCUCACAGUUCUGAGGACCGAGAUUCAAAUCCCGGCCCCGCCUGUGUGAAGUUUGCAUGUUCUCCCUGUGGGUUUUCUACGGGUACUCCGGUUCCCUCCCACACCCCAAAAACAAAAGACUUUAAAUUGCCCGUAGGUGUGAAUGGUUGUUUGUUUAUAUGUGCCCUAUGAUUGGGUGUCAACCAGUUCAGGGUGUAUCCCGCCUCUCGCCCGAAGAUAGCCGGGAUAGGCUCCGCCACGCCCACAACCCGAGUGAGCAUAAGCGGUACAGAAAACGGAUUCGUUUGCUUACUGUGCUUCUUUGAAUCCAACGGGGACAUUUAAUUAAAGGCGGUUUAAAAAUAGCUGCAUAAGUGACUAAGAAAUCAAAUCAAUUUGGUAUUAAGCAAAGGUUUAUCAGUAUAGAAAUGAUUUUAUAUAUAUAUAUAUAUUAAUGUACUUUUUAAUCAUUUAAGGGGAAAUUUAACGUACUAAAUUCCCCUAAUUACAUUUAGUAAUAAAAUAUGAAUCUAGGGAGAAUUCGUAUCAAAUUUGAAAAACAAAAAAAAAUAUUUUUGUAUUGUGCAAAUUUUUAAAAGCCCAACAAUACGAGUAAUAAAUUGACAACCUAUAUAUAUAUAUUAAAAAAUGGUUCAAAAUAUUGUAUUUGUUUUAUUGUACACUUGAAUUUCAGUUGAAAUAUUUUUUUAGACUAACUUUAAUCCCUUCAGGUGCAGAGGCUUUUUGUCAAAAUUGUCCAAACUAUGCAAUCACACAAACAUCUUGAAUAUGCUGGACUAAUUUAUGAAUCAUGAUUGUGUGACAAGACUACUGUAUUGUACUAUGGAUGUAUAGUUAAUGUUUUAGAUGUUAAAUGUGUUUGACUUGAGACGCAAAAAUAAGUGCAUUUUCAAUGUCACAUUGGUGAAAAGCCUUUAAGUGAAACUACUGCUAAUUAGCACCGUUUUUAAUUUUGAUGUAAAGAAUGUUUCAACACCACACUAAAUGUGUGUCAUUUUUUUCCAAGUCCAUUUUGACAGUUUCUACUUCUGGUGUGCGCGAACGUAGCGUCACCGACAGAACAGGAAGUACACGCCCUCUCAUGUUUACAUUGACACUUUCCUUCACUUGACUUUUGAUGUUACUAUCAAGUUGUGAAUAAAACAUUUCAACAAAUCCA